CGGGUCACAUGGUGUACUGGAUAGUCGAAUGAAAACUGGCCUCGUGGUGUUCUGAAGGCGUGGUGGGCUGCGAUUGGUCCACGUGUGCGGAGUAUGUCAUAUAAGAAAGCAGCGGACCAGAAGCGAGACAGCGUAGCCUUCCACAGGCCAUCGUGAGCCUUACCUGGCGGUACCUCCGACUCGACGGCUUGCGCGAGGUCACAGCUCCCGGAGAAAAGGGAACCAUUCGUCGAUCGAGUUCUACGGUGGCUCUGCUUCUGGCGACAGCGGAGACGAGGCCCCCGUGGGAUGGACAGCUGGGUCAACAGCCAGGCAACGCCGACAGGCGACCGCCAGCUUCAUCGCCACCGUUGGCGUCUCGCCCUGCGAGGGAGACCUCGACCAUCUCUGCUAGCCAGUACAAGGCCCGCCACAACUUCCUGGCCGAGGCAACGUCAGCUGGUGAGACCCCAAAGUGACCAUGCUGAUCAGCCUGCUCAUGGACGACGACACCCUGUUCGAGCUUGCCUUUGGCACGUUGCUGUGCACCGUCGUUGGCUCAAAAAUGUGGCCAGGAUUUGCCCAUUGCCUGGCCAAGACCAGAGGGACUUUGCGCAACCUGACACUCCAGUCGGCCGGUUUCUACAGCCCACCAGACUGCAAAAUGAUUGUGUUUCAGGAGCUGGAUGUGGUCCCCUCAUCAAGGCUUUGUCGUGGAACUUGAAAUGAUGCAUCUACGCCCAGUAGUUUCAUUACGAUUAUCUUUCAUCUUGAAUUUUUUAUUUGACAUUUUCGUUUAUACUGUUUGUAUUUUAAACCACGUUUUAAUUCGUGUAUUUUGUAUCCAAGACCAAAGGACCCGUGAAAAUUUGGCAGCCUGAAAGAAGGAGACUCGGUCAUAAUAGACUUUGAAGACAUUCCGCCACAGUUUACAGUCUCAUACAAGCUGUACGGGUGCAACUGGAAGACUGUGAUGCGGCGCUGCACAGGAGAACGCCCGAUCUGUGCCAGGGUCUGGUUCGAAGAAAGUGAAAAAUUGAGAUACAAAAUCAAGAUCACGAAUUUUUUGUUCGAUAUUUCCAUUUGUAUAAUUAGUAUUUUUGUGCUUUUUUAUUCAAUGUAUAAUAAAGAGCAAUGCUUCGAAGAAGA